GGCCCACAGCGGGUCAGUCUCGAAGCAACCUUCGCCGGGGGAGCGUGCGUAUCGCUGGCAGUCUCGUUCGUCGUCUGCUUGCCUGGCCUGGCCUGGUGGCCCAGCCCCUCUCCCCCGCCCCCACCCCCUCGCACCCCCGCACCACCCUGGAGCAAGACGGCCACCCCCCGCCCCAGCGCGACCCACAGGAUUAGAGUGCAGUGCUACGACAGUGGUGUGUGUGGUGGUGUUGUUUGUUUGGUUUCCUACAAGUUUCCAGUGCGACAAAGUGAAUCUACUUCUGCAUAACCCGUGGCCCGAGUGCAAAUUUCUUGGUUUUUUGAAAAAUACAAAUAUAAAAGUGGCCGGCUCGGCGGUUAUUUGAGUGCGCCGUUCGUCCGCCAAGAGUCCCGCCCUGGUGUGCCUUCGCGAGGGUGUUCCGGCCAAGUGGAACACCCAACACGCUUCUGCGAUUGCUUCGUACGGACUACUUCGGCAGUGCGGCGUGUCCGGCCCAGCCCUGGAGCUGUCACGACACCUGGGCACCAUGGCAGGGUACCUCAAGGCCCCCCUGCCGCCGCACCCCUUCCACCCGCACCCCCCGGUGCCCAGCCUGGGCGGCCCCUUCGGCCUGCAGCACCACAUCGACUCCGGCAUGGGCUUCCCGCCCGGUAAGUUCUACUAUGGCAUUAACUCGAGAAAGCAGAGGCGGGAGAGGACCACGUUUACCCGAGCCCAGCUGGACAUCCUGGAGUCGCUGUUCGGCAAGACGCGCUACCCGGACAUCUUCAUGAGGGAAGAAGUGGCGCUCAAGAUCAACCUGCCGGAAUCUAGAGUACAGGUGUGGUUCAAGAACCGGCGGGCCAAGUGCAGACAGCAACUGCAGCAGCAGCAACAGCAGCAGCAAUCGCUCAAUAGCGUGUCGAGCACGAACGGCAACAGCAGCAGUAGCAACAGCAAGACCUCGGCCAGCGCGCGCGUCAGCAGCACGAGCAGCAACACCACCAGCAACGCGGGCAGCAACAGCACCAGUGGGAGCACGGGCACCAGCAACACCGUGAGCACGACCAGCAGCCACAACAACAACAACAACACCACGGCGGCCAACAACAACAACCCUCUGAGCUGCUCGCCCGCCGUCAAGCUCAAGCUGCAGUCGCAGCUCAUCAAGACCUCACCUCCGCCGGGGCUGACCGCGGGCCUGGGCGACGCGGUGAGCAUCAAGAAGGAGCUGUCCCCCACCAGCCAGUACAUCCUGCCGCACCGGGCGCCCCUGGGGCCCUCCACGCCCCUCGGCGGCUCCAACUCGGCCAGCUCGGCCAUGACCACCCCCAGCCCGCCCCUCACCCCGGGCUCGUACCAGCAGCAGCAGCCCCAGCACCACCAGCAGCAACAGCAGCAGGACUUUAGCUACAAUGCCUUCUGCUGGGGUUCGUCGGCGGCCUCCUCCGGCGGCUACGGCAGCCACCAAAACUACGGCCCUUACUAUGGUAACAUGGACUACUUUGGCAGCAAUUCCCAGUACAGCCAGCACCACCAGAUGAGCGGCAGCCACCACAUGCACCACCCGGGCUACCACCAGAUGGGCUACUCCGAGAUGGGCCACCACGCCAUGAACCAGGGCUACCACGGGUCGUCGCCGACCGCGCCUCGGCUGCCGGCCGACUGCAGCCUGGAGUACACGGACACCAAGUACCAGAUGGUGUAGUGCCACAUGCGCACGCUCGGCUUGCGGUUCUUUUAGCCCGAGCUUGCGUGUCGGCUAGUGUGAGAGUGGACUCGACGAGUUUUGAAUGAAACGAAUUCUGUGAUAUCACGACGAUGUGACCGUGACCCUAUCAUUUUGCCAGCACUGCCCCAUUAAGCGUGACGAUGUUUUAAUUCUGUUUAAGUUAUUAUUUUAAUUUUGUAAAUCAUGAUUUGUAUACGGCAAUAUUUGCUUUUUUUAGGACAUUUGGGCAAUAUUAUGACAUAUCAUUGCCGUUGGUUUUUCACACAGAUCUGACAUGGUCAGUUCGUGUGGAACCUCUUUGCACAAAAUCAUGUACCCCGCUAUGAUUUAAGGACGUGUUAUGCUUCUAUUGCGAGAAAGAAAAUAGUCAUUUCUCAACUAAGUCCCGAAGCUUUGUGAUUUCAGUAAUAGGUUUUCUAUUGAGCACCAACAUAUCAACGGAAUUGGUUGCGAUGGGCUAGACGCAAUAAACUCAAUGUUAUGCAGAUUAUUUUGAAAUCGUGUUGUGUGAUUUUAUUAAAGAUUAAAUUGGCCGAAACGGCAGAUCUUAUGUCAAAUUAAGUUAAAAUAUAAUUUUGUUUUCUUUUCAAAUGAAUUUUCACUGUGUAUCUGAUAGUUUUACAAAAUGAAUGGCUGCAAUAAGUGUUCAUUAUUUGUGUACAUAUGUAUUACAGAAUUAUACAUAGCCCUUAAUAGAUUCAGUCUUUGAUUAAAAAGAGUAAAUACAAACUGCACGACGGAGGCUUUGGUGCAGAGUCGCGGGUCUGUGCCUUUGAUUUUAUUAAAGGGAAGGCUUUUCCUGUUCUCUUUUAUAUAGUGGCCUAAAUGUAUUGCAUAUCCCUAUCGGCCUUGUUUUUCUUUCUUUGCAAAUCACGUGACUGUUCAAGGGUGAUUGGCAAGCCUAAUGAAAGCUUUUUCGUUUUACUUUUACAGCCAUAUGCAAGGGUGUCUCCUGACAUUGCAUAGUGUCUGAGUUGACCUAACCAUUGUUAAAAUCUUUUAAAUUCUGCUUAGAUAACACCCUUUGUUCAAUUGGGAAAAAAUGCUUGGUUGCCAAUCACAAAAUGUUAAAUUUAAUCUUUCUGGUCUUUACAAUUUAAUAAUAUACGAAGAAUUUGGCUGAUUGGAUGCAAUCCACCCAAAAUUGAUUGAUGUGAUGCAACGUUUGCUUUUUAUUUUUGCUGUGCCAAACAUGAUUGAUGCUAAAUGGCCUUAAAUGACAUUGUAAAUUUUAUAAACUUUUAACGUUUUGGACAAUAAGCUGUUAAUUCUGUAUUUAUUUUUGGACAUUUCCAACCAUCUAUGGUUACUAACGACUUUUGUACCAUAGCCUACUUCACAUCAGUUGCAGAGAAUUUACUAUACCAACAAAUAAAGUGUGUAAUAUGAAGUUGAA